AUGGAUAGGAAGCAUGCUGGGUGGACGCUGGAGAGGGUGCAGGCGAUCCUUUACAGGGGAGCAGAAGGUCCCUCUGAAAUGAAGCACUUGAUAGGUGUAGAGGAGUUGACAGAUGAAAUCAAGGGCGUCCUAAAGAAACGGCUUGCAAAACUACAAGCCAAGAACGCGAAGAAGGAAGUUGUAUGGACGAACUGGAAGGUUGUUCAAAAGGCGAAGCAGACUCCGCGGAUAGCGUCGUUUAUAUUCGAGGCUAUCGAUGAGAAGUUGGACGUUACGCCUGAGCCCGGCUCGCACGUUAAGAUGAAGCUGGAAAGCGGCCUCGUGCGUGCGUACUCCAUCGUACAUGGCUCGCGCGGCCGCUUCGAGCUCGGCAUCGCGCUCAACGAGCAGUCCCGCGGCGGGUCGAAGUAUCUCCACGAGCACGUGGCAGAAGGUGAUGUCCUCCAAGUCGGCGCCAUCACAGUUGGCAUCAAGCCCGAUUCUAUGGCGAGCAACCACCUCUUCAUCGUCGCGGGCAUUGGCAUCACGGCCUUUCUGUGGCUGAUCGAGGAGGUGAUCAGCGUCAACUGGAACGUGCAGGUGCACUAUGCGGUGCGAAGUGCUGAGGAGAUGCCGUUUCGAGGCAAGCUUGAGAAGUUUGGGGAGAGGGUCGUAGUGUAUGAGAAGGCGAAAGGGGAGCGCAUGGACGUGUCAAGAAUCAUCAAGAGUAUGCUUUGGAACUCGCAGAUCUACGUCUGUGGGCCGAGACGUUUAAUGGACGAUGCGCUGAGUGCGGCGCAGGAUGUGGGACUCGGAGAAAAGGAUGUGCAUUUUGAAGCUUUUGGUGCGGACGUUGAUGGGGAUCCAUUUGAUGUUGUUGUUAAGAAUAGAGAAGAUAGAAAAUUGAUGGUGAAAGGUGAGGAGACGCUGUUAGAAAUUCUACGAAGAGAAUUUGGGGAUGCAGUGGGGGGUAGUUGUGAGGUUGGUAACUGCGGAACAUGCAAGAUCAAGGUAAGGUCCGGAAAGGUAGACCACAGAGGGACGGCAUUAGGUGCAGAAGAAAAGAAAAACGAGAUGCUGAGCUGUAUUUCGAGAGGAGUCGGACAGAUCGAGAUUGAGAUUGGUGAAUAA